AUGUUCAAAGCUGUUGACGAAACCAUUAAAUCGUUUCUUAAAGAUUUGAACAUCUCUUUAAGUUUAACAGAGGAUACCACCAGCUUAUAUGAAGAAUUGGGACGAGGUGUGGAAAUGUAUUGCGAUAACUUCCUGGUGGAUGACAUGUUCAUCAGGAUAUCUCAAAAAAUUUCUCCAAAGAACUUCAGAGAAUUUAAAGAGAAAGUGGAAAGUGUGAUAAUGCCUGCACUAACUAAUUUGUUGCAAACUUUUCGAGGUCCUUCCAAGAUCAUCCGCAAGCGGCAUGAUAAGUUACUCGAUUACGACAACGUCAAUGCACGUCUGAAGUCUCUCUCGGACAUCAACAGCUCUAUUGACAAUGCUUUGAAAGAAGAACUGAGAGUAGCCAAAGCAACUUAUGAAGCUUUAAACUUGCAGAUGCUUGAUGAACUUCCAAAACUAACCUCUCUAGCACGGCACGUUCUACACGUCUGUAUUAUUUACUAUCUUCAGUGCAAACAGAUUUUGCUCAAUCAAACCAUCAAGGAAAUUAAACAGCUUGUUGUGUUCAAAGGGAAUUCCACUGCUCCAGUAUCGUCUGCUGACACAACUCUCAAACCGGGUGAACAUUUCAACAUUGAGCAUGCACUUGCCGUUGACAAGCUCUCUCAUUUCAGUUUCAUACCGUCCUGCUUCAAUCCUUCGCUGAGUACAGUAAGGAAAGGUAAAGAUCGUGAUCUGGAUUUGUGCACCAUCAGUCCGAGCAGUAGUAAUUUCAUUGGAUUUGACGGGGCUGACAGAGUUUAUGCUGUUGCUGAACCAUAUUUGCUGCUGGACUUGGAGAUUGAUUCAAAAUCAAACGAAAAAUCAAUCGUGUCUGGUGUUGAAGGACAUCAAUUAGUUUUAGACAAAUAUAGUACGGAUCAAGUUUACAGAGUGAAAGAAAACUUCAAAGGUUCUCUAACCAUGGAUAUCAAUUUGAUGGAGGACGCCAUAGUGGGAGUUAUUAAGAGAGCUGAUCCUAUGGGAAAUAAAGAAAGAUGGUUUGUUGAUGAUGGAAAGUUUCUCGUGAGAUUACGUAAAGUUUGUUUGGUUAUUGAUGUUAUUCAUCCUAAGAUGUUGCAAGUAGAGAGAUGCAAGAGGUUCUUUUGCUGUUGCCGGCAGUUCUUCCCAGGAAGCUUAAUCUUUUGGAUUGAAAAUAAAUUGGGACAAAACGAAGAUUCAAGUCAUCUCUGCGAAGAUUCUUCGUUGGAAAACAGAAAAGGUUUCAUAUUGAAGAGUUAUCUUGCACCUUACCAAGAUGAUUUUAGAAAAUCUUUUCCGACUUUGCAUCGAUUAGAACAGCUUGAUAGAGAGAAAAAUAAAAAAUUGCAUCCGCAAGAUUUUCAAAAGCAGCAGAAAGUGUGGCAGGCUGAACGACGUUCACUUAAUCUAUCGUCCCCGCCAUCUAUGGACGAUUUAAAUGAAUCUUUUCAUUCAGCGAUUAUUUUGCCAACCUUCUCACAUGUUAACCGCCCAGACUCAGCAAAUCAAACCGCCUCAAGCGUCUUCCGCCUUUCUUACUGUUACAUCCUCACAACAUCAUCACAAUUCGCCAACAUCAAUCUUGUCUUCACGGCUCACGCUUCCUGGACCACCUCAACAAUUUAA